AGCCACUACGCAGUUGUGUGCUAAGACCAGUUUCCGGAGCGUGGUUCCCGAAGGUUUGAUCGAAAAUAUGACUGCAAGUGUUGAUCGAAUGGCUUUAAUAUCUAAUUCUCUGCACAGGAUGGAACGACCAGCUAGGACUUCGGUACGUCGUUGCUUGUUUGGGCCUGUUGAUCACGAGCAAACCAAAGCAGACUUGCAAAGAGAAAUCAAGAAAGUUGUGGAGUCCGAGUCAAGACGAUGGAACUUUGACUUCGCUAGUGAGACUCCACAAGUUGGACGUUAUGCUUGGUUUAAACGUCACGAAAGCGAAGCAUUAGCCUCUAAUAUGGAUACAGCAUGUACUACAAGCUUAGAGCAAGCAAACAGGGAUAUUUUAAUCGAAGAUACACAACAGAAUGAGGUCCAAAAUUCACAACGUAACGUUCCGAGGUGCGAGCUACACACAACAACAAAGUCGACCGAUGGAACAGUCGCGCGAAGAAAACCGAAAUCUCGUAUUUCUACUGUUAGAAACCUAACAAAACGCCCUUCUACUACACCUAUUACAGAUUAUCUGAGACAAAAAAAGCCGAAGAGUAAAGUAGUCAGUACAAGUAAAGGAAUGCAACUACGGACGAGCAACACGAGAUCGUCGAUCAUCUCCAAACAAACGUGUUUGGACAAGUUUUUCAAAAAUUAAUCCGAAAUGCUUGGAUUUUCAAGAAUAUUGUUUCCACUGUGUGGACUUGCCACCCUGCAAGCUGCUGAGAUGAAUUCCCAUUCAUUGGAUGGAGGCACCAAUUUAAAAGUCAUUAUAUAAUAGAUACAUUAACAAGGAAUAUUGCAGCAGAAAGAGACUAUCGAAUAUCAAAUAAUGUACUAUAUUAAGGUCCUGUUUAGUGAGCAUAUAAAGCAGUUCAGGUUAGAUCUGUCAUUUUGAUGGUAUUAAUAGUAUCCAAUGGAUACGUGUAGUUAUAGAGGCUGUUCACAGCAAGAAUAGACUCCAUUGUCACAUAUGGCUAACAGUUUGUUAAAGUUAAUCUCUGAGGGUUUCAAUGUAUAUGCUGAAGGUGAAAUGUCACCAGCAGUCUGAAGAAUCUAUUGUUGAUUUUUGCAAAAGGCCUUUCAGAGGUGUAAGUAUUUAUUGAAAUUGUGGGUUUCAAUUUCUGAAUAGUUGUUGGAAUGGAGAUAUUUAUUCUUGUUUUAAGAAUAGAGAGAAGUUGAAUCCACAAGUAAUAAUGGAAAAUUCAGACAAUAAAAGACUGAUGUUGUUUAAAA